GGAUUUACUCUGCUCUGAUGUAAACAGAAAGAGACAAGGGUCCCUUAUCUGCUAUGUCUCAGUGAAGACUGUCCAGGGGGUGACCACUUGCAGGUUGUGGCCGCAGAGCAAGUAUUUUGGGGGGGGAGGAGGAGACAGAAGGUGGGUAGAGCAUGGGCUCACGCCUGCUUAUCCCUAUUACAACCGCAGGAUGGUGAGGUGGUAGCAGGUAACACUGAGGAUGGCGUCUCAGCUUAGUUACUUGCAGCAGGAACUACUAAAGGCUUUGCUGGAGUCAGGUGUCACUAAGGAGACUCUUACUAAGGCUCUGAGCGAUGGCGACAAUUACCAAUAUCCCAGGGAUCACCUGGAUGACAUGAGCAGCAUGGAAGACGGGGAUCACUGUGUACACCUGCCCAACGGGCUGGGGGAGCCUCACUUAUCAGAAGACGACAGCUCUGAAGAUGGAGAGGACUUCACACCACCAAUCAUUAAGGAUUUAGAGAGACUGAGCCCAGAGGAGGCCGCUCAUCAGAAAGCCGUGGUGGAACGACUGCUGCAGGAGGACCCAUGGCAUGUGGCCAAGCUGGUGAAAUCUUACUUACAGCAGCACAAUAUCCCACAGCGGGAAGUGGUGGACACUACAGGGCUCAACCAGUCUCAUCUAUCCCAGCACCUCAACAAGGGUACACCCAUGAAAACCCAAAAGCGGGCAGCCCUGUACACUUGGUAUGUGGGCAAACAGCGAGAAAUCGCCAAGCAAUUCACCCAUGCAGGACAAACCAUGAUGACAGAUGAUAUCUCCUGCGAUGAUGUGCCAAAUAAGAAAAUGCGAAGGAACCGAUUUAAGUGGGGCCCGGCCUCACAGCAUAUCCUGUUUCAGGCAUAUGAACGGCAGAAGAAUCCCAGCAAAGAGGAACGUGAGGCACUUGUUGAGGAGUGCAACAGGGCUGAGUGUUUGCAAAGAGGGGUGUCCCCAUCACAAGCGCAAGGGCUGGGCUCUAAUUUGGUGACAGAAGUGCGAGUAUACAACUGGUUUGCAAACAGGCGCAAAGAGGAAGCAUUUCGGCACAAGCUCGCAAUGGACACAUACAGUGGUCAACAAGGUUCUACUUCAGUCCUGCCAGCUCAUGAUCUCCCUUCAUCCAAAGCAGUUAUUUAUUUCACAACAACAGGUCGGUAUGCACAAGACUCAAUCAAUGAGCGCGGGACUUCUAUGGUGACCAGCCAGAGUGGUCUAUCUCCUUCUGGCCUAGAGCACAGUCACAGUCUUAUGAGCAGCGACAGUAAAUUGGUACAAACAACAGGAGGCUCUCUUCCACCGGUCAGCACACUAACUGCCUUGCACAGCCUGGACCAUGGACAGCACACUUUCAGUCAGACACAAAAUCUCAUCAUGGCUUCACUCCCCAGCGUCAUGACUAUUGGCACAGAUGCAACGCUUGGACCAGCAUUCAGCAAUUCUGGCCCCUCAACAUUAGUCAUAGGUCUUACGUCACAAUCUCAGAAUGUUCCUGUGAUAAACAGCGUAGGCAGCAGUCUUACCACCUUGCAGCCUGUCCAGUUCUCCCAGCAAAUCCAUCCUUCACACCAGCAGCCACUAGUACAACAAGUCCAAGGUCAUAUGACACAGAACCCCUUCAUGGCCACGAUGGCUCAACUUCAGUCGCCACAUGCUCUCUACAGCCACAAAUCUGAUGUUGCCCAAUAUGCAUCUGCUAGUUUCUUCCCACAGACCAUGGUCAUCACAGAUACAUCUAACCUUGGAACGCUAACUAGUCUGACCCCCAGCAAACAGAUCCAUUCUCUACACUCUAGUGCACAGAGUGAUUCCCAAGGUUCCCAACUCCAGAGCCAGGACUCCAACAUCUUGCACCUUGCUCCCAGUCACCGCCUUUCCUCUAGUCCUUCAGUGUCUUCGGUCAGCUUGGUUCACUACCAGAAUCCCAGUACCACCGAGAGCCACAGCCAUCUCCUGUCCCCAUCACACAACACCAUAGACACUUACAUGUCCUCGCAGAUGACAUCUUCCUCACAAUGAAAAGACUACGGCAUUGGCUCUACCUGCCACUUGCAUACCGUGGACUCACAAUGAUUAAAAGGAGGAGCAUAAAGCAAAGUUGCCAUGUUUAGGUAAAGGUAGCAGGAGCAAAGGAUGUGAAUAUCAUCACCUUCAGCUGGAGAUAUUUAUAAUGAUCUGAAAGAACCAUGCGUUGUGGAAUGGACACACAGUACCUAAGCAGGAGACUUCAGUAAAAGCUGAUACCGCUAAAGACUUUUUCCCUUUUAAUCAUUUUGUCUCAAUAUAAAAUUCAAUUUUCUGUGUUUUUUAAGCACCCUAUGUCUUCAAGGGACUGAGUCAGUCCUAAUGGGAAAGAAGCUGCACUGACACCCUUAUCUGUCACUCAGUUCAUCAUUGUUUUCCAAAACCACCUUCUUUUUUUUCCUUUUAGUCGCAUUUUUCCCAGAUUCUGUUGUCAAGUCCUGCUCAUCUGAUACAAUGUCAUCACCCAAUCCUUUGUCCUUCUUUUUCUUCUUCUUUUUGCAUUUCUUUUUAAGUUGGUUAUUGCAGACUGUGUCCAAGUUCUUCCCUGGGAUAGGUUGCAGUGCGCUCUGUUUAAGAAUAUCUAAACCUGACACAGCAGCUUCACAGAACCUCCGUUGCUUCUCCUCUUCACUGUCCUCACUGCCAGACACAAAGUAGGAAAUGUUAUCAGCCCUUUAUCCAUUGUCACCAACUAUUUUCAAUAAAGACUGACUACAGUAGCUUUUGCAUCAGAUAGCAGAAUAUAUACUAUAAGCACAUGGGUGACAUUCAUCUUAAACGUUUAAAGAAUAACUUUUAAAAAUAAAACUGCAGGUCUUGGCAUAUAAGUAUCAGACAUAAGACAUUGCAAUUCAGAAAUAUAACAAUGUAUAUAAUAUACUAUUUAUACAGCAUUACACAUUGUAUGUUGCACUUUAUACAGUAUAACAAACCGAACAAUAAACAGAAUAAUAAAUGUUGUUCCAUAGGC